AUGAAGUUGAUUCACUACGAUGUUUACGUCAUUAAUGGUAUGGAUCACCGUUAUGGUGGGGCUAUCCGGAAAGGCAUUAAAACUUUCUUCCUCAACCCACAGGUUAAUCUUGGGAUCACUUCUCUGAUACUUUUCGCUGCAAUGUAUGUAUCAUUGAUAGCAAUUGUUGGAAGGCCGCUUUUGCACCCAUACUACAAUUCGACUUUCACCAGAGAAAGUACAAUGGACGAAAUCGCAUCCUCGACAUUCUCUAUAUUCUUUUUCUGGAUAGCUUCUGUUACUAUUGGGCAUCUAAUUACAUAUAUACGACUUCCUUCAUUGUUUGGAGCGCUAUGUGUUGGCAUCUUUGUCACAAAUGUACCGGCACUUGCCAAUCUUAUAUACGUGAACCAAUAUUGGCACUUCAUUAUUCGUAAACUUUGUCUAGUCUGUAUCAUUAUUCGAUGGGGUCUCGGCAUAAAUGGAACAUAUAUCCGAGAAAAUCCUGCCUAUCCUCUUGCGUUAGGAAUUCUUUCUGCAACCGCAGAAGCUGCAGCAAUUGCAAUUGUCUCAAUAUUCUUCUUCAACUCUUCCGUAUCUUUCGGAAUUUUGGGAGGCUUUCUCCUGGCAACUGUUUCACCAGCAGUAUGUGGUCCAGUAAUGUUAAAAUGUGCUCGACUUAAGCUUGGAACGGACAAAAAUAUCCCCUCGUUUGUUCCAGCUGCAUGUUGUUUUGACAAUACAUUUUCGAUUAUUAUCGUCAGUCUGGUCUCUGCUAUAACAUUUACUCAUGAGCCGAAAUUUGCCGUUUUUGUAAGGAACGUGGGAGAAAUCAUACUUAGCGUGUUUAUAGGGAUAUUUAUAGGAUGGGUUUUAUGGCACUUUCCACUUCCUAAUCACAAGCACACAAAUACGGGUCGAAUACUUCUUAUCAUAUUUCUUAGCAUAAGUAUAAUAAUUGGGAUGGGCUCUGUGCAACAUGGAUUUGAUGGGGUGGUUGCAUGUUUAUUGUUGUGCUUCGUUGCUCCCACACGAUGGCGUACUGACAAUCCAAAGAAGCUGGGCCCAGUUGCCCGUUUUUUUGCGAGCGCAUGGUUUUACGUGGCAUCCCCCUUAUUGUUUUCGCUUGUAGGAACAUUCCUCGAUUUUAGCAAGAUAUCUAUGUCAGCUAUCGGUAGCUGUAUCAUUCUUGUUGUUCUUGGCACAUUGGUACGACUUGCAAGCGGUUUUGCAAUCGUCGCCUGUUCACCACUUCAUCUUCGUGAACAAUUUGUUGUUGUGUGGUCGCUUAUUCCAAAAGCAACAGUUCAGGCCGCUAUCGGACCAAAUCUUCUCGUUUCGGCUAGCGAGUACAGUGAAUUCCAGGAUGAAUCUUUAUUCACUGUAGUAUGCUGUAUAUUUGCCAUAUUAUUGACCGCACCUAUCGGUGCAUUCGUUUUGGACCUUACUGCUCCUCGUUUACUUCAAAAAGCUGCUGAACGUACGGCAUCGGUUUCUCCUGAAGAUGUUGAGAAAGCUCAGAAGAAAGCUCUAUCGGUUAUCCCGGAAAAGCCAGAAAAUCAAUCCAAAUUCAAGAGAUUUCGAGCCAUAUCGUUACAAUAUGGGUGUGCAAACGGUAAAGGAUUGUUCCGUUAA